AGGCAGCAGCCGCGACUCGCUCUGGUCCUGUAUUGGCUGAUCGCUGUGCUCCGCCGGUGUGUGUGUGUGUGUGUGUGUGUGUGUGUGUGUGUGUGUGUGUCUCAUAUUUUUAGCGCUGCUCGGCCUGCCAGUGCAGGGCUCGCGCGCUCGCGCCGCUCCGGUCCCGCAGUAGCAGCAGGAGAAGGAGGAGGGAGCUGUGUGUGAACGCGCGCGAGCUGGAGGCGUGCUGUGCAGGACAUUAUAGCGGACAGUGGAGCCCCGAGCUCGAGCGGACCGGAGGCGCGUUCCCGCCUGUGUGGAAAUGGCGAGUCCCAAUGAGGAGCAGCAGCAUCAGCACGAAGCCGGAGAAACGAGCCAGGAGCCCGCCGUGCUGGAGGCCCAGAAAUGGAUAGAGGCAGUGACUGGGAGGAGUUUUGGAGAGAAGGACUUCAGAAGUGGACUGGAGAAUGGCAUUCUGCUGUGCGAGCUGCUGAGUUCCAUCAAACCAGGACUUGUGAAAAAGAUUAACAGACUCCCAACCCCCAUCGCAGGACUGGAUAAUCUCACCAUGUUCCUGAGGGGAUGUGAGGAGCUGGGAUUGAAAGGAACGCAGCUGUUCGACCCUGGAGACCUGCAGGACACUUCCACACGUGCUAACCUCACGGGUUCAGACCUGAGUCGAAAGCUGAAGAACGUGCUGAUAACGAUCUACUGGCUGGGAAAAACUGCUAACAGCUGCACGUCGUAUAACGGUCCGACACUCGACCUGAAGGAAUUUGAAGGCCUUCUGUCCAUGAUGAGAAAGGAGUGUGUAAGUGAGGAGUCAGACUCUCCUAAGCGGAAUAUACGAGACAGUGGUUAUAUAGAUAAUUGGGAAUCCGAGCGUUCUGAUUCGCUGUCUCCACCAAGGCACGGACGGGAUGACUCAUUCGAUAGCCUGGACUCGUUCGGUUCACGAUCGCAAAACACACCGUCCCCUGACACUGUCCUCCGUGGCAACAGUGACGACUCAGAAGGUGACGGUGGAUCCCGGAGGUUGCCAGAUGUGCGCAAAGAUGACAUGUCUGCCCGCCGGGUGUCCUAUAAAGAGCCGCGUGCCGUGGUGCCCUUUAACCAGUAUCUUCCCAACAGAAGCAACCAAACCAACUACAUUCCUGCUCCGCUGAGGAAGAGGAGGAGUGAGCGAGAGGAGGAGUGGAGGAGCACGAGCAACGCCACCUCCCCUGUUAGUGGAGAGAAACCACUCAGAGAGGAGUGUGUUGGUGCACUGAAAGAGGAAGGGAGCAGCACAAACUCCCAGAGAACUGUUACCUGGGCAGUGGCCAAAGGGGUGGAGCCUGAGCUUGGGGAGGAGCUAAAGAAGAUAAGAAAGCUAGAAAAGGCGGGAAUUAAAGUGUUGCCCGCCUCUGUGCGAUAUAACAACAGUGCUAAAGUUAUUGCUGCAGAGCCUGAUCAGCUCAGGUCUCCAUCACCGGACAUCAUUCUUCGACGCGACAACGAAUUCAUGCGAGCGGACCACCCGCACGACUGGGACGCCAACGAGGAUGAUGACGAUGAAGACGAAGACAGGAGAGUCCCGGACGUCCAGAAGGACGAUCUGGCAUCUCGAAGAGCACGCAUGAACCAGCCGCGUCCCGGUGUGACGCGUCACUUCCUGCCGGUGGGGUGUAGCAAGAAGGAUCAGGAGCGGUGGGAAGGGAUACGACUGGCAUCCCAGCAUGCUGUGCUGGAGAGGAUGGAGAAAAUGGAGCAGGAGAAAAGGAGUGAACAUGCUCCUAACACAGCUCCAGCCUCAGCUUCUGAAUCUCCACUAGCUCUGGUCUCUGAUGUAAAACGCUCCUCAGCAGAGAGGGACUCAGCUCUGGAGCUGAGGCUGACUGAGAAAGUGAAGGUUGAGAAGGAAUAUGAGGAAAAAGAAGACAAAGAGGAGGAGGAGGAAGAGGAGGAGGAGGAGAAUGAGAAGGAUAGGCAGCCAGACGUGGAAAAGGAUGACAUGAUGGCCCGGCGGACAGGGCUGUUUCAGAAGGGAAUGAGCGGGACGUCCUACAACCAGUUUCUGCCCCUGCCAGGCACAAGGAAAAAGGUGGCUCCUGUUGGGCAGAAAGAAGGAUCACCUCUAAGCAGAUCUGCAGUAGUUAAAGAUCCUCUGAUGCUGGAGAGAAACAUAAAGACUAAGCGCUUCAAGAUCGGACAGAGAGCUGACCCGGUAAACACGGACCCACCGUCCGUCUCUCACAAGGAACCAACUGUUCUCAGUUCAGCUUCAGCCCACAGUGAUGAUUAUGAUGAUCAGCGUGAUGACGAAGGUCCGCUGCCUGACCUGGAGAAGGACGACAUGCUCGCAAGGAGAGCAGUAUUGCACCAUAAGCAGAGCGGGAGUCAGGUCCAGGCGUUUAAUGUCUUUCUGCCUAAACCUGGAGCCGCCAAACGCAAAACUGCCACCGCUGGUGGGCAAAACCAGGGCAGUGAGAAAGAGAAAAAACCCACUGCUGAAAGCGCUGUGACCCCACCUUCAGCAGACGUUCACAACACCCCCGAGAAGGGCCCUCAGAUGCUGGACAGGCAGGAGGCGGGCACUGAGGGUGUGAUGGGUGGCAGAAGUGCUGUUUUAGGUGGGGCCAAUGCCAAAAGCCCCUCCCCUAAGCCUGACCCCACCCCACGGCGCCCGUUUUGGCUGGAAGAUGAUGAUCUCCCCCCAACAUUCAGUCACAAGGCUGCUAAUGUUUCUGAUGAAUCAGAGAGCGUCAGUUUGAUUGACAUGCGUGAUGAGGAGGAGGUGGACACCCUGUCGCCACACAGCCAACUGCGACACGAGAGACUCCACAACCAGUACAACAAGCUGAGAGAGGAGGAGGACCAGUGGCAGGAUGACCUCGCUCGGUGGAAGAACCGAAGGCGGAGUGCCUCUCAGGAUCUCAUAAAGAAGGAGGAGGAGAGGAAGAUGAUGGAGAAACUGAUGCUGAAAGAGGAAGGUGGCCCUCGCAGGAAGAGCAUCAAAACCUACAAAGAGAUUGUGGAGGAGAAGGAGCGCCGAGAGCAUGAGCUGCACGAGCUCUACUGUACAGCCUCGACUCCAGAGGAGAAGGCGGCGGUGCUACAGCGCUACGCCCUUCGCUUCACCAUCAGCGACGCUAUACUAGAAAAACUACAACUCCCAAAACUCCCUUCUGCCUCUACACCAGAGAUCACGCCCUCCCCCACCCACUCUAGGCAACAGACCACGUAUACACUUAAUGAAGAAGCAGAACUUCCAGUGGAUCUUCAGCCCGCUCUAACACUACAACACCAAACACAGCCCCACCAGCACAUGCCUCAAACUUCAGUACACAGCCUUCCCAAGACCCCGGAGUUAAUACCUGCACCUGUCCCUAAAGUCCCUAAAGUCCCUAAAAUCCCAGAAGUACCGCACUCGCCUACACGGAUACCCCCUCCACCCUCCAAACCCGUGCCGCUGCUGACCCCGAAGCCUUACAGCCAGCCCAAACUCAACCAGGCUUCUCACAAAUCAGUUAAAACUGAUGGAUUGGUGCGAUUGAAUGGAGAAUGUGGCGUAGAGGAAACAAGAGAGACCCCGGCAGUGACUCCAGUAGUGCGACCUGUCACCUUCUGCCCAGCGCCUCCAAAACCACCAGCCAAAACUCACCAACAAGAACCUGAAGUCUCACCAUCCAGCGAGAGCAUAGCACCACAAACCACUCAGACCUUAUCUACUGUCUCCAGCCAGAUAAAAGAGGAGACAGAUGCUCCGUGCAGUCCUCAGGAGAAGAGCAGUGAGGAGGAGACCUCCUCGACACUCACACAUUCAGAAAUAACAGAAGAGAAGCAGACAGUUUCCAACACAACAGUGAAGCGCAACUGUGUUAUAAAGACAACCAUUGUGACGGAGCUCACGCAGAUCCACCCAGUUCCUACAACAGAUAUGUCCAGUACUGACCAGCUAAGCAGUUCAGAUGCCUCAGCCCAGAAGCCUUCUGACGAAGUUUCUUCUGCCGACUCAAGACAGGCUGAUGAUAUGUCCCAGUCACUUUCUCUGACAGACCCCUCACUCACCUCCAGUAACUCUAGGUUACGCUGGGAGUUCUUCGCUCCGACAGACGGACUUGACUUCACCAGCGAAUGUAUCGAAACCCCGAUUUUAAACCUUGCAAAGCGUGUUGAUCACUGGACAUGGGAUCCUAAUGAGGAGCGUAAGCGGCAGGAGAGGUGGCAGCAAGAGCAGGAGCGCCUGCUACAGGAGAAGUAUCAGCAGGAACAAGAACGGCUAAAGAAGGAGUGGGAGAAGGCACAAAAGGAGGUGGAAGAAGAGGAGAGGAAACACAAUGAAGAGGAGCGACGGAUCCUGGAGGAGACCACAACACCAUUGACCCCAAGCAUUUCAGCUCAGUCUCCCCCCGCCGUAACAGAAUGUCCUGCGGUUUCCACACCUCCUCAAGACUCGGUCGUCCUCUCUCUGGCUGACUGGGAUAAAAAACGGGAAAUGCUGGAGAAACAGCAGAAAAAUGGGGUGGAACACAGCACUGAUCAGGCAGAAGCAAUCGCACCCGCACAGCAGAACGGCCAAGGAGCAGAACAUCAGGAGAGUCAGUCAGCUACACCACAGCUGCAGUUCAUACAAGAUGGGACUUGGAGCUCUAAGUCAGAGAGCAGGUCAGAGUGGAAGAAAACAGCCUCGCUGGAUCGCAAUACAGGCCCUUCUCAGGCACAGCCCCCCAGAAUGAGGAGGACUGGCUCGUAUGAAAACAUUUUAGGGACGCACUCAUCUAAUUCACCUCCAUCGUCACAAGACACACCGCCCCCAUCGCCCAGCAGGUCAGUAAGUGGUAAGAAGCUUUGCUCCAGCUGUGCACAUCCACUGGGGAAAGGAGCGGCUAUGAUCAUCGAGACUCUGGGGCUCUACUUCCACAUCCAGUGCUUUAAGUGUGGUGUGUGCAAAGGGCUACUUGGUGACACAAGCACAGGAACUGACGUUCGGAUUCGGAACGGUGUUCUCAACUGUCAAGACUGCUACAUUAAAUCACGAGCUGCUGGCCAGCCAACCACCUUGUGACCCCUUUGCCAAGCCAACCGAAGCCUAGACCAUUCCCAAGAAGAAGACAUGAGAGCUGAUGUUUCAAUUGUGGAGUGAUUUACAUAAAAGCACAACCAUUCAGAUCACCCUGCAACUCAAACGGAUGAAACUGGGAUAUUUACGGCGUGUUUGUUUAUUAUUCUGGACUCUUAAUCACACUAAGCUGCAAAUAUGUGCUUCUGACCAUUAGACACAUGAGUGAAAAAAUGAAUUGUGGUAACAAGUAUUAAAACCUCACGUUAGCUUGUUGUACAAAAUGGAUCUUUCCACUCGCCUGGAUAGUAUAGAUCAAUUAAAUUAGCAAUAAAACACAGACCCGCCUUUUCAGCGAGAAAGGUUCUACUGAGAUUAUAAUGUUUAAUAACGUUUAAUAACCUAAUCAUUGAGCAGCUGGAUAAGAGAAAGAGAUGUAGCUAGGGAAGUCAGCGGUUUUGCACAUUGGACCCUCUGAACUGAGCAUAUAUAUACGGGCUUCAACUUUACAUUUUUACAUCGGAUAUGGGGGGAUGCUAAAAAAAAACUUAAACAAAUGUGAAGGAUGUGAACAUAAGGCAAGAAAUCCAAUUCCUGCCAAUUUUGCAGGAAAGUUGGGAAUUUGGUAACCAAGCAGGAAAAGGACCGCUGAGUGAAAUGUUCAUAAUUUUAAAACUGUGGUUGAAAUUUUAACUUGGAUUUUUUUUUUUGUUUUAUUCCACUCUACAGUUCAAUUUAGUUAAAUUUGUGUGUCUUUUUGUGCUUUUGUGCACUCGCUCCUCUUGUUCAAUUUUAGUUUUUUUUGUUGACUUUAAUUCGUUUUUAACAGUUAAGCAAUGAAAGCAUGUCCUGAUUUUUGAUCGAAACUGAACAAAAUGAAACAUUUGGUGCCAGGGUUUUCAUUAAAUUUGCCACUUUUUUCACCACUGGGUAAAAUUUAUAGUCUACAGGAAUUGUUGACCUGCUUGUCAAAGAAAAAAAAGCUGUUACAAUUUUUUAUUUACCAUAUAAACAUUUUUAAUAUUCCAGCAGGCGUACCAACAAAGCAGCUAGCUAGCUACUGUACGUUUACCUCAACAGUUAACUAGCUAGCUAGUGAAUUUACCUCAGUAGUGCUAUUCUAGUUACAUUAUGUGAGUAUUAACUGUAUUUUACACAGUUUAAAGUAAUUCAUACAAUACUAAAAUGAAAACAUUGCAUCAAAUGACUUGGCGUUAAAUAAGAACAUUGCUUUUUUUUGCCAACUUAGGACGUUUUUGUUUUUUUUGCCAAAUAAUUCAGUACAUCCCUAUUUGUAAUUAAUCCGUAGUCAUUUUAUUUUGUCAGGAAAACUGAUAAAUGUUCUAUUUUGGAAGGAAAAUUAACCCCCCGUAUGAAGUUGAAAGUUGAAAGUGAAUUUCAGCAUGAUAAGCAAUGUUAAGCCCUUAUAGCUUGUAGCCUUAGGAAUUGAUUAAGCCCAUCUUUACUUGUAGCCUGUCCAAAGACUUUUUGCACCAUUUCGUUCAAUUUCAGCCGGAAGGUGAAUAAUGGGAUAAAGCCUUCAAGUAGGCAAAGUUUUCAGUUUUACUUUUUUCCUACAUUUUGCCUUAAUAGCAGGCACUACUUAAUGCUGCAUGACUCUGCGACAGGCCGAUUGUGAAGGAAGUGACUGGAAAUCUUUCAUUAUCAUCUCAGAAAAAGCAAAAAAAAAAAAAAAGACAAAAAACUCUUAAUAAACCUGGUUUGUUAAGCACGUGGUUUUAAGUUAAUCGAUGUGUUAACCUGUGUUUUAAGUAUUAUUUUUAUUUCUGUUCUUGUUCCUCCUCUCGUUUGCUCUCAUUUGCUUCAAUUCGUGAUCAGAUAUAUUAGCCUAGCUUGCGGUUUGAAAUGCAUGAAGUUUGAAAUUGCGUUAUAAUUAGUGAAUGAAUUUCUAUUUCCAUUUUGGUUCUUCUUUACGUUGUUACAUUACAUUUCGCAGCCGUUCGGCAGAGAAGAAGAAAAAAAAAACGUUAAGGUUGUUUGUCUUAGUUUCUUAGUUUUUGUUUUUGUUUUUCUUUCUUUUCUGUUGUUCCAGACAGCUGUAAAUCAUACACAUUGCUGUGUCGUGCCUUACGAAUGAUUGAUUGCACCUUUGGAAGGAGGUUGUUGUGUGCUUGUGUUCCGUGUGCAACGCUCAGAGCAACAUUUUCCAUUUUCUUUGCUUGUUUGUUCUACCAUUGCAGAUGGUAAACAGAUGGAUAUAUGCAGAAAUGACUAUUUCAUACCAGUGUCUUUUUAUUCAUAAACCCUGUGAUCUGCGUAACGAUACUUCUGCAACGUUUGGCUGUUGUGAAUGGGGCUUGGCAUGCUCUCAAAUUAUGUUUUAGUAUCCCAGAUCUGUUUUAAAUAACCUAAAGGAAAUACAGGUCAUGGGCCAUAGGUCAUAUGAUCUGUCUUAUUUGUGUAGGCUAAUCUCUAAUUAAGAUAUAUAAGAAUUAUGGAGCGAGGUGAUGUAGCCUACGGUUUUCUCACUCGGAUGGAGAAACUGGCCCGUGUGUUAAAGCUGUGUAUUUAUUUUAUCCUCUUAAAGACGAGAGAUAGGACAACUUGGCAACCCUUGAAAUGCAGUGGGUUUUAUAGCAAGUUUAUGUUUAUAAAUAAACUAUUUUAAAUGCU